GUCGCGCCGUUGCGUCUGUAUUAUAUGAUUAUAUGGAUCACUCGCGCGAGCGAAUUUCCUACAAAAAUCAAGUGCGAAUAAUUAAUCUUCGCUGUGGAUGACUCAAAGUACCUCAGCUGAAAUUUUGAGAGUAAAAAUCAUCGAUUCAAUGACGCUUUUUCGAUUUAUUAAUUGAAUAAUUUGAACUGCCCGCGCAAUAACAAAAUGAUCGAUACAACAGCAUGAUAGUCGCGCUAACGUCUAGUCAAGAGAGCGAUCACAGUUUUAUUGUUGAACAAAAAUGACAAUUUUAUGCUUUUCGCGCUUCGUUAAUUAGAAAAAAAUAAGAAUAAAAAUUCUAGCGCUCAAGUCCAAGUGAAAUUUUCCUAUACGAGCAUGUAAAUUUUAUUUCGUUGCCAGUCGUGUGGCGUCGCGCGUUCGUUUCGCGUAGUAUUUCCUCUUCCCUUUCGCGUGCCAGCAGCCAGAUUGAGCUCAAGGAGUUGGUGAGACAACUGUUUGUGGAUUUUUGUAGUUUUCUCCAGUAAACCUCUAAUCAUGCCGAAGAAUAAGGGAAAGGGAGGUAAAAACAGGAGGAGAGGAAAGAACGAGAAUGAGACGGAAAAGAGAGAGUUGGUCUUCAAAGAGGAUGGCCAAGAAUAUGCACAAGUCACAAAAAUGCUUGGCAAUGGCCGGUUAGAAGCAAUGUGCUUCGAUGGUGUCAAGCGAUUGUGUCACAUCAGAGGGAAGCUGCGUAAAAAAGUAUGGAUCAAUCAAGGUGAUAUUAUUCUUAUUGGUUUACGUGAUUACCAAGAUGCCAAAGCAGACGUAAUCUUAAAGUAUACUGCCGAUGAAGCCAGAAACUUGAAAACUUACGGAGAGUUCCCAGAAACAGUCCGCAUCAACGACACUGUCACGUUUGUAGAAGAUGGUUUCGAUGAAGAUAUUGAAUUCGGUGAUGAAAUUAGUGACGAUGAUGAAGACGAUGUGGACAAUAUCUGAUGAUCUAACAAAUUAAGCAGUGAAUAGAAUAAAAUAUCAGGAAUAUAAUCGACUACUCGGUGAGGAUGCUUUAGCAUUUGCUGUUUUUCUACAGCUAAUUCUCGAACGGUCGGUGUCUUGUAACUAUAAUAAAUCUUCAAGUUUUUGUUCGAUCCAAGUUACGUUCUUGUCGAUGAAAAAUGUAUCAUUUCAUAGAUAUUUCCGUUAAAAAUUAGGUACUGAUUUUUAUUUUAUUAUUUGAAACUCGAUGUUAUUUCCAAUACCUCCACUACGUGGUGCAGGUCAUCCAUGGUUCUAUCAAGACAUGAUUAAAUAGGUUUGAUUUUGUAGAUAAAAAAAAAGAUUUGUAUUAUAACGUGAAAACGGGCGUUUUCAUAUCAGCGUUUUUUAAGAGUUUCCAAGCUACUCAUUCACCUCGAACUGUUUAUUUUACAAAAAUUAUUGUAUGGUGUAUCAUUUCAUACCAACUGAAAUGAAUAAAUCAAUUGACUAACAAUGCUCUGAGUAUCAUUUUAUGAUUCCUUAUAUUCAAAUUAAUAAAUUAUUGAACGUAAAAACUAAUUGUUGAUACGAGAAUAAAUAUCUUAUUAUCUCGGCCUUGAUCGUUUGUCAUUGUGAGAUAUAUUUAUAUAUAAAAUAUCAACGUAAGGACGCAAUGGCAACUUUGAUUAUGCUGUUUCUCGUUUUCGACUCUAUCCUAUUGUAAUAAAUAUAUAAGCUGCCAACAAUAGUGUCCAAUCCAUGCAAAUUUUAAAAUAUUAAGAAUUAAGAAAAGAUAUCUGAAUCCAUUAAUUUCAUAGAGAAUAAUAAACUUCGUAAUUCAGAUGUGCAAUAGUUACCUUUACCAUAGCGCUGCUGUAUCAAUUGUACGUCAAUAAAUAAAUCAAUUAUCACAA